AUGGCGCAACCAACGCGACCACGUGGCCACGCCAACGACGGUCUUGCAGACGAGUCGACCCGCGAGUUGAUGCUCGAGAAGAUAGAGCAGGAACACUUCACGGCUCAGCUAGACAUCCCCAAUUGGCUCGACAGCAAGUGGAGCAGCUUCUUCUUUCGCAAGAGGCCGGGAAAACUUCACAGCAUCCUGUACGGCUUGGAAGCGGAAGAAUCAUUCGGAUCCCAUACAAGAUGCAUGGAGGUUGUGGAAUGUUGUGGGAACUUCACUGGAGCUCUGACCGCCAUGGAGAGAAUGUUCGAGGACGAUUCCAGCAUCCAGGAGCUCUUGAUGGGUGUCAUCUCCAUCAUCACGGCGGUUCCAUGCCCAGAGAGACAAGACGACAUCUCCGUCGAUUCGACAUUUCAGACCAAAGCCAUUCAGCAGUUCGUGGGAGACCGCCCAAUGAAGGAAGAGGACGAAGUCGAAGUCGGCCGCAUUCGACUUGACAUACAAACUUCGAUUGAAGAGAAGUUCGAAAUCGUGAGCGCCGUCGAACAGCGCAUGUUCGGGUACAUCAUGCGCUCCAACCUGUGGGAGCGCCUACAGAAAGACCCGUCUGCCCAGAUCGACCUCAUCCGCAAAGCAUUGAUGGUGAUCGAUGCAGCGGCAUGGCCGGUCCAGACCUGCCUCCAGCGCAUCAAGCAGCUUCUCGAAGAUGUGCAGAUGGGAUAUUGCGUUCCCAGAGUGACUGCCACGAACCAGUGUCCCGAGUGCAAGGUGGGCAACGGAGAAGAGAAGACACUCGAGUCCCGCAUCCACGCUCUCCCGCCUGAGCUGAGAGAAGAGAUCGCCGACCUCGCACUUGGCCCAUUCCGAGAGAGGCAUCUGGUGGAGAAGCUCGACGCGGCAUUCCAGAAAGUUACAGUCCAGGAGAUGCGACGUUUGCGGUGGGAGAAGGACAAGCAGAAGGACCCCGAUCUCGAGGUGACUUUUGUAUCCUGUUUGCCAGAGCAAGGCUUCUCCCCGAACCGCCCUCUCCCGACGUACGACUGGCUGCCCAUGCCUCAUUACGAUCUGACCUGCCCAGAUUGUGACGAAGACUGCCUGGACAAUGUCCUCGUUCGGUACUCCCAUGAGAGGAGGCGGUGGGAGAGUAUUCAUUCAGGGGGCGCUCGUCAGCGCGCCUGUACCUGCCACGGUCAUACGAGUGGCGAGCCGCCCGUGAGAUUCAUGUGA